AUGCGCCUCAUCAACACCGAAACCCUCACCCUCUCCGAACCAAGAAGCCACCUUUCAAGACUCUCCCGCAAACGCGGCCUCAUCAAGCUCCAGAAGCUCUGCGAGCUCGCCCGCCAGGACGGCCUCCAAUAUGCCUGGGCCGACACCUGCUGCAUCGACAAGACCGGCAGCUCCGAGCUGACCGAGGCCAUCAACUCCAUGUUCCGCUUCUACCUCGACGCAGACGUGUGCUACGCCUGGCUCAUGGAUCUCCCGCCGGACAACCGCGACAUUCACCACCAGCUGCCCAAGUGUCGGCGCUUCACACGUGGUUGGACGCUGCAGGAGCUCAUCGCCCCGCGGGUCCUCAAGUUCUACGACCAGACCACCGAAUUCCUCAUCACAAACAAGGGCCUCCGCAUCGACUCCGGCCUCUUCCCCGUCAGCGACCGCAUCUUCUUCAUGGACAUGAACUGCGUCGACUUCGCCCCAACCGGAACCCCAUCAUCAUCAUCAUCCGCAACCUCCACCACCAACCGCCGUCACAUCGGCAUCCUCAUCAAGCCCCACGGCGGCCGCAUCUACAGCCGCGUCGAAGCCCGCCGCUUCGCCACUCCCCCCGGCGGAACCCCCCUGCACGGCAUCCGCGUCUUCCUCCCCAAGCACGUCACCCCAAGCCGCUCGCUCUACCUCGAGACCCUCUUCAGCUACUCCUUCGUCUUCCGGAGGGGCGUCAACCCGCCUACCUAG